AUGACAGACCAAAAGGAAUGGAAUCUGCAGUUUAUCCAGCAACUCUUCAGCCGUAACAUUUCUCAAGCCAUCACUAAUCUAGCUAUCCACCCCAGGGAAGAAGACAGCAUACACUGGAAUCUCAACAGCACGGGAAAAUUCUCUGCCAAAGCUUUGUACAAAGCCAAAAUAGAGAACCUGUACAGGAAUGAUCUCAACACAAGAAAUUGGAGUUCUAUUUGGCACAUGGAAGUGACACCAGCUAUCAAAAUCUUCCUCUGGAAAUGUGCUCAUGAAAUCCUCCCAACUAAUGCUAAAAAUGCAAGCAUUCUACACUACGUAGAUCUCAUAUGCAAAAUUUGGAAUAGUGGGGAGGAAACAAUGACACACUUGUUCCUCAAUUGCCCUGUUGCGGUUGAGGUUUGGCAUCAAAUGCUAGGUGAAAAUCUUGGUCUCUUUGACCAUCACACUCGCUUCAUGGAUUGGUUUAAUACUUGGUUCCACAAUCCAAGAAACUAUGUUGAUAGCAGAGGACACACAGGCCAAUGGGGAGCAGGAGGAGCCACAGGAGGAGCAGACUUGGCGUUUGCAUGGGCAGAGGACAAGCAGCACAUGAACAUUGAAAUACAUGCUGAAACCACUGACAUCCUGAAACACUUCAAUGCUCUCUACAUCAAAGCAAUCAAAGGAAGAUUUAGCAGAAACUACCAUAGGGAAAAAGAGUUAUUGAGUGCCUCUUCAGUUUUAAGCAUUAAUCCUGUAACUUUUGUCUUAACAGUGGAAAUUGCUGAGGUUGCAAUUGCAACUGGAGCUGCUGUUGCUGUGGUAUUAGAGUCUGCUGCAUUUGCUGUGGUAUUAGAGUUGCUGCAUUUGCUGUGGUAUUAG